GUCAUGCUUCAAGUGUUACCACAGGCAGUCACCCAGUUUGCAGAGCUGGUUGGUAUGGCAGAAGCCCUGCUUAAAGGUGUAGGAACCACGUCUACGUCUGCAUCCACCCCCUGGAGAGCAACAAACAACUCCUCCCCAGAUUCAUUUACUUCAACAUGCAGUAACUCUAAUUCUAAUUGCAGUUCACCAGUUUCCUUGAAGGCUGAGGAAGAGCAUCAGGCUGAUAAGAAGCAGUUCAAGAUUGAGAAAUGGCAGAUUGCCCGUUGUAAUAAGAGCAAGCCUCAGAAGUUUAUUAAUGACUUAAUGCAAGUGCUAUACACAAAUGAAUAUAUGGCCACACACAGCCUGACGGGAACAAAAUCCUGUACUUCAAGGGACAAAGCCGUAAAACCAGCUAUGAAUCAGAAUGAAGUUCAAGAAAUCAUAGGAGUAACAAAACAAUUAUUUACCAAUAUGGAUGAUGUUUCAAUUAGGAGUAUGAUAGGGCAAAAGCUAAACAACUGUACCAAGAAGCCAAAUUUAAGCAAAAAUCCUAACUCUCAGGAUAUUAAGUAGAUUAUUUUGGUAUUACAGGUAUCUGUAACAAAGCUCCUUC